AUGAUGCUGGCCAACUGUGAUCUUAUCUUUCUGAGUCUCAGCCUCACCCAGCUUUUCCUGCAUGGGCUGCUGUUUCUGGAUGCCAUCCAGCUUAUAUACUUCCAGCGGCCCUCUGAGGAGGCUGCUAUUAACCAAGUGAGAAGAGACAUCAUAUUGACCCUGACUCCUGUCAUAACUGUGUCCUAUGAAGUCAAGGGUGCAUUUCUAUUCCUUUCAGUCCUGGAGUUUGCAGUGGGGAUCCUGACAAAUGCCUUCAUUUUCUUUAUGAAUUUUUGGGAUGUGGUGAGGAGGCAGCCACUGAGCAACUGUGAUCUUAUCCCUCUGAGUCUCAGCCUCACCCAGCUUUUCCUGCAUGCGCUGCUGUUUCUGGAUGCCAUCCAGCUUAUAUACUUCCAGCGGAUGAAGGACCCACUGAGCCUCAGCUACCAGACCAUCAUCAUGCUCUGGAUGAUCACAAACCAAGCUGGGCUCUGGCUCACCACCUGUCUCAGUCUUCUCUACUGCUCCAAGAUUAUCUGUUUCUCUCACACCAUCCUGCUCUGCUUGGCAAGCUGGGUCUCCAGGAAGGUCCCCCAGAUGCUCCUGGGUGCCAUGCUUUUCUCUUCCAUCUGCACUCUCCUCUGUUUGGGGGACUUUUUUAGUAAAUCUGGCUUUGCAUUCACAACUAUGCUAUUCAUGAAUAAUACAGAACUCAAUCUGCAAAUUGCAAAACUCAAUUUCUAUCAUUCCUUCAUCUUCUGCACCCUGGAGUCCAUUCCUCCUUUCUUACUUUUUCUGGUUUCUUCUGGGGUGCUGACUGUCUCUCUGAGGAGGCACACGAGGAUAAUGAAAGCCAAAACCAAGGACUCCCGUGACCCCAGCCUGGAGGCCCAUAUCAAAGUACUCAGAUCUCUUGUCUCCUCUCUCUGCUUCUAUGUGGUGUCAUUCUGUGCUGCCCUCAUUUCAGUGCCUUUCCUGAUGCUGUGGCACAAGAUCAGGGUAAUGAUCUGUGUAGGGAUCCUAGCAGCUUGUCCCUCAAUACAUGCAGCAAUCCUGAUCUCAAGCAAUGCCAAGCUAAAGAGAGCUGUGGAGACCAUUCUACUCUGGGUUCAGAGCAGCCUAAAGGUAAGGGCAGAUCACAGGGAGGAUCCCAGAAUUCCAGAUCUAUGUUGA